CAAUUCUUGGGAGGACCACACCGCUGUGGCUGUGUUCCUUGCAUCCUUUGUGGGCCCAGCAGAGGAGGCUGGCCCUGAGGCUAUGGGAGAGAAAGGUCACCUGAGCCGGGGGCUGUUGGAAUGCGGUCUCAGCGACAAGCUGUGUGUUGUCCGGGAACAGCAGUAUGAAAUAAUCAUUGUUCCAGCUCUUCUGGUUGGGACCUUCCUCAUCCUUCUUGCAAUCAUCCUGUGGCUUUUUAUCAGAGGACAGAGAUCCCAAAGACAGCGCCCUGGACCCCGAGGCACUGCCUCUGUACCUGCAUCUAGGGGCUCAAGCCAGGAGGCAACAGGGCAAGGAGCAAAAGUGCUGGUGCCACUUAAGGAGACCUCGGUGGAGAGCUUUCUACAAGCAGUCACGCCUUCCUUGGCUAAGCUGCAGGUGCCCAGGGAACAACUCUUGGACAUUCUGGAGCAGAUCCACAAUGGCAGUUGUGGGACCCUCUAUCGUACCAGGAUGACCAUGGGGGACCACUCUAAGCCAAAAAGUGUUGUGCUCAAGGCUUUGGAAGAACCAGCUGGACUCCAGGAGGCCCAGGAGUUCAUAGGGCGAAUCCAAUUCUAUCAGUACCUGGGGAAGCACAAGAACCUGGUACAGAUGGAAGGCUGUUGCACAGAAAGGCUUCCGCUCUACAUGGUGCUGGAGGAUGUGGUGCCAGGGGACCUGCUCAGCUUUCUCUGGACCUGUCGCAGGGAUGUGAUGACCAUGGAAGGCCUGCUGUAUGAUCUCACAGAAAAACAAAUAUAUCACAUUGCAAAGCAGGUGCUUUUGGCCCUGGAAUUCCUGCAGGAUAAGCAUCUGUUUCAUGGGGAUGUGGCCGCCAGGAACAUCUUGAUCCAAAGUGACUUGACUAUCAAACUCUGCCGACUGGGCCUGGCUUAUGAAGUCCAUGCUCAUGGGGCCAUCUCCUCUGCUCGCUCUAGCACCAUCCCUCUCAAGUGGCUUGCUCCGGAACGGCUUCUCCUGAGACCUGCAAGCAUCAGAGGAGACAUUUGGUCCUUUGGGAUCCUGCUUUAUGAGAUGGUGACUCUAGGGGCACCGCCGUACCCUGAAGUACCCCCCAACAGCAUCCUACAGUAUCUCCAGAGAAGGAAAAUCAUGAAGAGACCCAGCAGCUGCACACAUGCCAUGUACAAUAUCAUGAAGUGCUGUUGGCGCUGGAAUGAGGACAGCCGUCCCUCUCUUGGAGAGCUGCGCUUGCGCCUAGAAGCUGCCUCUAGAUCUGCAAAUGACAAGGCUGUGUUGCAAGUGCCAGAGUUAGUAGUGCCUGAACUCUAUGCAGACGUGGCUGGCAUCAGUGCAGAGAGCCUUUCCUACACCUAUAGUGUCCUUUGAAUAUGUCCCAGACAAGGGACUAUAUCUGCUUGGAAUGAGGUCCUUCAAGAACAGAGGGAAGGGACAUUCUAUGGGCCACACACGGAGAAAAGGGACAUGGUUCCAACAUCUUUCCAUAUAUAUUUUACUAGAAAUAUGAAAUGCUGCUGGAUGAGGCUCUACCUCUACACACCAUGAACUCUGGAGCUGAGCAUCACCACCAAUCUCAGUUUGCUUUUCAUUCCUAAGGGCCUGGGUAUAAGUGGUGAACAGUGGCAUUCUGAAGGAGGUUUUUAUCUUAUUUUAUUAUUAUUUUGUAUUCAA